AUGACUGGCUCAUCCUUCCAGGAGGUUCCAGAGAGAAGGACAGGAGAGGCGUCGAUCCCGUCCGAACCAGGUGAAGACACCACAGAGACCGAGCUGCGCAGGUCAACUCACUGGUGUUAUGACCUACAAAGUUGUGGACCUAGCACCUGGGGGCCUAUUGGCUCCUGUAAUGGCAAGAAACAAUCUCCCAUCAACAUCGACACCAGUACAGUCAUAACUGAUUCUCCUCCCGGACCUAUACAUUUCUUCUACUAUGAAGACCUUAAAAUCGCCACGAAACUAGAGAAUACAGGGUAUCAGCUUAAGAUAAAUUUUCAUCCCAAAGCAAGAAUCUUUUCUGACGACUUUCCAGCAUUUUAUUUCCUGCACCAGGUCCACUUUCAUUGGGGCACUGAAAAUACAAAUGGUGCGGAGCAUACAAUUGAUGGCAAACGCUAUGCCAUGGAGAUGCACUUGGUUCAUACUAAAAACAACAUGAGUAUAGAAGACGCAUCGAAGGAGUCUGAUGGAUUGGUUGUCCUAGCAUUCUUCGUACAGAAAACCGAAAGGAUUAACCAAGUCAAUGGAUGGAACACUCUAGCCAGAUUUCUCAAGGACAUCCCAGAGAAAGGUAACUCUAAGGAUCUGAAUGGGGAAUUCAAUUUGGGUAGUUUAUUGAGAACAGCAGACGUAAACCACUAUUUCCACUACCAUGGAUCUCUCACUACUCCACCAUGUGCUGAGUCUGUGAUAUGGAUUGUCUUUCAAUUCCCCCUUGAGAUUUCUUCCCAACUGCAUAAAGAAUUUACAACUUCACUAUAUUUUACCACCAUUCAAGAGAAUAGAAAAAUGCAGGACAAUUUCCGUCCUCUGCAGGCCUUAAAUGGACGAAGUGUCUACUACAGCUAUUACAGCACAGCACGUAAACCAUUUUUGGGGUGCCUGGCACACUGCGUUGGCAAACAGUUUUGAAGAGGAUUUCAAAUUCUCUUGAACAGGACCUGGUCUUCAGGCCUUGAAUGUUGUGAGUCUAAUUUUGCACAACAUUAAAUGAACGGAGUAAUAUCCAUAAAAUGUUUGUUGUGGUUUUUCCACUAAGCUUGUAUUUAUUACUUUAUAUACUCGGUAGAUACAAACUCGCAUCAUCUCAGACACACACAAAAACUCUUAUCAUGAGA